AGCACAUUUCGAGAUGGCGACCACAGGCAUGCAGUUGUUGGGCCUGAUCCUAUCUCUCGUAGGCUGGGUGGGUGGGUUAGUAGUCUGUGCCAUCCCCCUGUGGCGAGUCACUGCCUUCAUCGGUAACAACAUAGUGACGGCUCAGAUCAUCUGGGAAGGCCUUUGGAUGACUUGCAUAGUGCAGAGCACCGGUCAGAUCCAGUGCAAGGUGUAUGAUAGCUUACUGGCUUUGCCCAGUGACAUGCAGGCUGCCCGAGGCCUCACCGUCUUCUCCAUCCUGCUCUGUGGUCUGGCUCUGGCUCUGGGAGUCCUCGGAGUCAAGUGCACUAAAUGCAUAGGUGUAAACAGCCUGAAGGCUCGCAUUGCUCGCAUUUCAGGUGCCCUUUUUGCCAUUGCAGGGUUCCUUUACCUUGUACCCGUCUGCUGGACAGCCCACUCCAUCAUCAGGGAUUUCUAUGACCCUCAUGUGGCCGCUCCACACAAGCGAGAGCUUGGCCCUGCCCUUUACAUCGGCUGGGGAGCGUCAGCCCUGCUCCUGAUCGGGGGAUCCCUGCUCUAUGCAGGUUCGAGUCCCCCCGGCAUGCCCGGCUCUCCCACCUUUAGCAGUGGAGAAAGUAGUCCACGCAGGGCACCUGCCGGACAAGUCAAAGGUUACGUCUGAAUGCCCCACAUUUCCCAGAUCCACCCCAAAUGAUGACAAACCUGUAUUGGUUUCCUCUUGAAUUAGCUCCCUGUCAUUAUUUUACAUGUAAUGUUACUCCAAUUUUUCCUUUGAAAAGCCACAGGAGGCUGUAUAGUGACAUUUUUAUUUAUUUUAUUAUUUCAUACCUGAUUUCUUUCAAUAACCAUUGUUUUCCUUCUGUGAGUAAAAUACAAUAAAAACUGUAUCCUCUCAGAGGAAAAUCGUGUGUGUUCACAUUUUUACAAAUAUAAAAAGGCUUUGAUAAAAACCUCUUUCAGCUUUAUGUGUUUACUAUGUGUAGAUUAGAGUAGUGCUACACUGAUAGUUAAAACAAAAUGUUUGACUCAUUUGGAUAAACACUGCUUUGGCUUAAUGGAGAAAAACAAUACUACAAUGGGGAUGUCUGUACAUUUGCUUGUGGUGACAUAUUGUUCAGAAGUGUGUGUGUGUGUGUGUGUGUGUGUGAAUGUGUUCCUUACUUCAUCUUGUUUUUCCUGUCUUAGCUACUCUGUGCCAGGGGGCGAAGAAAAAUACAUUAUUUUUCUUCUAUCAUGUGAAAAUAAUGGCUUUUAUUUUUUAUUUUUUAUUUU